AAGCAGGUCUCCUUUAAGAAUUAAGGAAUUAUCACAACACAACCAAAAUGUCUCUUGUGGAUCAAAUACUUGGCGAUGGAGCAGUGGCAGAUCUCUGUCGUCAGUGGAAGGACAAGAUAAACUCGGGGAUCACACUUGUAAUGGCCACACUAUUCUGGUUCCUCUUGGAGAUCAUGGAGGCUCGAUUUGUUCCGCUUUUCUGCUCAAUCUUGUUACUCCUUAUGCUCCUCCUCUUCCUUUGGGCCAAGUUCGGAGAAAUCUUUUUCACUCGGAGACCUCCCACUCUAGAAGAGCUAAAUCAACCAGAUUCCCCACUUAAAGCCUUGUUCUUAAAGAUGGAGGGCCAUCUCCUAAUGCUGUAUGAGAUUGCAUAUGGGAAAGACAACAAAACCUUUCUUAAGACCAUCCUUUAUGUGACCAUCAUAUACAUCAUUGGGAGCUACAUCAGCCUCCUCACAAUUUUGUAUAUAUGCUUAGUCUGCUCGAUGACGAUUCCGAUUUUGUACCAGCAAUUUCAAGAGGUCAUUGACAGUUUCAUGGGGAAGGUAUCAGAAGAGAAGGACAAGUUACUUGAAGUAUUCAAAACCAAAGUUGUCUCUAAAAUUCCUAGGGCCCCCAAGGUGGAGUAGUUCAUGACCGGAAUGAAAGCCAACCUCACCU